AUAUAAUACAAACGUGUUUUAGUAUUUUUAAUUUGUUACCUUUAUUUUUAUUACAUAUACAAGUAUAAGUUUUUAUACUUGUAUAUAAAUAUUAACAUGUACAAAAACAACUAAUUAGUAAUUAUUUGUAAAGAUAAACGCUUAAAUAUCUCUUAAUAUAAUAUUGUACAUUUAAAUACAUCACGCAUUUCAAAAAGAUUAAUUGCGAUCCAUUACUAAUUCAUCCGUUGCUUCGUCAGUACAUUAUUGUAAUAUAACCGUAAUUAGUAGUAAAUAAGUGCAUACAUUAAUCAAAACAGUGAUUGAUGUUGGACAAGUGGAUGUUGAGAAGUGAUGUUGGGAAGAAAAGCGAAAUGCCCGUCAUGAAAUUUACCCUCACGGUUUUAGCGGUCGCAGGAUGCUGGCGACCAACAUCAUGGACGUCGCUGUUUAGAUACUCAAUGUAUAACGCUUAUACAGCGUUAAUAAUUCUAAUAUUAUACACGUUUGCAAUGACUCAAACUAUGGAGCUGAUAGUGAAUGCCGACUCUGACACAUUUGGCGACGCCUUUUUCAACGUUGUAAUUUCGCUCCUGGCGUGUUACAAGGCAAUUAUUUUACGAAGAAACCAUGAUGGUAUUACAAUAUUAAUUGAUAGUCUCGUUAAAAAGCCUUUUAAACCGAUGGAUAUGAGUGAAAAUAUGAUUCGACAGAAGUUUGAUAAAAGAAUAACAAAUAAUACAUUAUGUUAUCUAAUCCUCGUCUUUAUAACUGCUGUCUACAUGAUCAUAUUAUCAUUAUUCACGGAUUUCAAGAACGGAAUUUUAAUGUACAAAGCAUGGUUACCGUUCGACUGUUCAAUAUCUGUUCUAUUUUAUUUUGCAUACGCUCAUCAGAUAUUAUCUCUAAUUUGUAUCGGUCUUGUUCAUCCAACAUGUGACAAUUUAAUUUGUGGGUUAUUGCUGCACAUUUGCUGCCAGCUCGAGAUUUUGGAGUACCGUCUGUCAAACAUCGCGAAUGAACAAAAGAAUUUGCGCGAUUGUGUAGAUCAUCACAUACAUAUAUUACAAUACUCAUAUAUGCUGAAUGAUACAUUUUCCAAAAUAGUUCCUAGUGAGUUUGCAAUGAUCACAGUGGUAAUGUGCUAUAAUUUAAUUAAUAUGGCUUUUAACUCGUCAGAUACAGUUUCUUACAUACAAGACGUUAUGGUUGUGGCUAGUACUUUGUUUCCAAUUUUUUAUUACUGCUGGUUCGGUAAUGAAAUCAAGCUGAAGAGUCUUCAAUUAUCAGACAGUAUUUAUAAUAUAGAGUGGACAAUAUUUAAUAAUAAUAUAAAGAAAGGUCUCUUAAUGAUCAUGAAUCGUGCUACAAUACCAAUCGAAUUUUCUAGCAUAGGCAUUAUACAAGUGAAUCUUGACUCUUUUGUAAAGGUACUUAAAACAUCAUAUUCGCUUUUUAACGUAUUGAUACGGUCGCAGUAACAAUAGGAAGAAACUAAAAAUUGUUAUUUAUAAUAAAAUUUGUAAAUUUACAUUAUCAAUACUUGAAGAAUGAUAUUAAUUAAUUAAUUAAUGCUAUUAAGAAAUUUCUGACAAAAUAACACAAAAUUAUCCAGGUAUAUUAAAUAAUAAUUAGUAAGUUAGUGGAGAAACGCGUGUACGAUCAAAUAAGUAUGGAUAUAGAAUAUAAGUAUGAAAAAUAUAAGUAUAUGGAAUUACAAAAAAAACAGAAAAUAAAUAAUUAUCUAUAAUAAAAGUAUAAAAAUAUAAUUAUUAAAA